UUUUCCAACUUUCACCAGAAAUUCGUACUUGAAGUGGACCUCAUAUCCUCGUCCUGUGUUCACAGGCGCGGCUGUCACGACCCUUCCCCUCCUAGAACCCUCGACUACGCGUCCUCGCCCCAUCAGGAGCCGCUUCAGCCGUGUGCACAGCCAAGGUCGUCCUGCUAUCAACGUACCGCAUCCUCAGACCACCAAAUGCUUAGUCUCGAAGCGCCGCGUCGAGGCAUGGCGCUUGUCGAGCAGUGCACAUUCGACAGCAGCUAUGGGUAUCCCGCACCUAGUAAGCACAGCCGGCAGCGGUCCGCCACCGAUCUUCACAUGUCCCCUCCCUUCCCGUCCGAUUACUCACCUCCCGCCCCGCGCCUACAUCACGGAGCUCCCCACAGUGCCGUGAGUUGCGGCGAAAUCCCCCUCGAGAGGGAAGGGGAGACCGGGGCUUCGCCCCACGCGUCGCCCCACGCGCCGCCCCACGCGUCGCAUACAUCAUCGCCAGCCCGGUCGCCGCUGCGACAACGGGAGGCAAAGCACAGAAUCGCACAGCGACGGCGCGGCAGCGAAUCGGAUCUUCUCUUCCCCCACUCGCUUUCCAACCCGCCUCCUGCGCCGCUGCCCUCCCGGGCCGUCCCCCAAUCCCGCUCCGGCGAGUUUUACAUCCAGCCGCGACUGCCCCGCGCGCCGUCUUCUCACGGCCUCAGCAGCGCGGGCUCCAAUGCCCCCUGCGGCUAUCACGCCCCGCGGCUGUCGCUCGACGAGAAUGCCUUCGUCUCGGCGGCUCUCACGCCCGGCCGACGCGUUAGCAGUGGCGCCGGCUCAGCGGACAUUUCCCUGUCGCCGACGGCGCUCGCCGCCAGUCCCGCGGAGCAGACAUCCCCGUACGGCGCGGCGAUGGACUUGGUGGCAUCGGCGCAGCAGCUCAUGGAGGAGUGCCGCGCGCGCGGGAUCCAGUGGGAACUCGACGACUGGGAGGGGGCAGACGCGCGCAAGGGGAAGGCGCGGAUGCCGCAGUCCGCCAGCGCGGGAAACGGCGAGGCGGGAAGGGCAGAAGCGGGGGGGUUGACUCUCAAGGGCAUUCGAGGGAGGAAAGCCGGGCGGCAACGACCAGCCCGCGGGCAAAUCGUGGGCGGAUGCAGCGGCCCGGGCGGCAAGUCGCACCAGCGGAUGGCGAGCGUGGACGAGCUGCUGAGCGAGGCGCGCCACGCGGGGCUGUCGAAGAGGGCUGCUGCCGGCGGUGGCGGCGGUGAGAGGGCCAAGGGCGGGCUGAGCACGAAGCUGAACGGCGGCGUGGGGGGAAUCGACAUGCGGUUCUUCCAGGAGUUCGACGACCUGCCGCGGGCGCUGCUGCACGACAUGCUCGCGGCGAACGCCCACGACCUCGGCGUCGUCGGGCGGAGAAAUGGUCAGGAGGACGUGGUGGCGGACGGUCGGACUGGCGCGAGGAGCAGAGCGCGGACGGGCGAGCGGAGCGCGCCGGCGCCGCUUCGGCGAGGGGCACAAGGAAAUGGCGCGUGCGGUGAGGCUCGCGGCAUUUGGGAGGCCCUGGAGGCGGACCUCGAUGGCGACACGUAUCUGCCGCGCGGGCCGGCGGCGGCAGGCGAGGGGUUGCUGCCGCGGAUGCGCAACGAUAAGGCGGAGGAUCGCGACCUGUACGACCAGCAGUUCGAGGAGGAUGGGGGGAACGAGGCGCAAGGGGAGAACGCGGAGGAGAUGCUGCGGGAGCAGGUGAAACUCCUGCAGCAGAAAAUAGAGGGAAUGGAGGCCAUGCUCGGGUCGCGAAAGGGGAUUGACGCGCAGUCAGGGCACUCCGCGCUCGCUCCGCCCCCUCAAGCUUUGGGGAGCCGCACUCCCCCCCCCAACGUGCCUCUGCCGCGCAAGCGCCGCGUGUCCGCGCAGUUCCCCAGCUGCGCGUCCGUGCCGUCCUUCCACUCGUCGUCACCCUCCUCGUCCGCCAAGGACCGAGAGCCCCGGCUUCCUCCCGCCGUGCCCCGCGCUAACUCGAAGCAAUCGCCGCAUCGGUCUGGCUCGGUGAUUCAUGAGCGCUCCGCCAGCCCGAGCCCGUCAGCUCAUAGCCACGACUCUGGCCACGCGCUGACUCUCGGUCACACGCAAGCGCAUGCUGCUGCUGAGAUGGGGGCCUCGGUUGGGCCCAAGGCACGGGGGGUACAGCCGGAGCUGCAGGCGCCGCGGCGCGCGCGCAAGCAUAACAGCGGAAGCCAUUUGGACGUGUUUGCGGGGUUCGGCUCGCACUCGCGGAGCAGCAGCAGCGGCAGCGUCACUGCGGGAGGCAGUGGGAGCAGCGCGCAGUGGGAAGCGGUCGAGACGGCACUUCUGGCUUGCGCGGAAGCGGUUUCCGGCUCGGGGACACAAGCAGGCUCGGAUGCGGGCAUGGGCAUGAGCUUGCACGGGGCUAAGUGGGGGAACCUGAGCCUUGGGCUGGGAGGGCUCGAGCUUCAACGCGCGCUCGCCUCGGCUGUGCCAUCAUUGAAGGCGACGGAUUUCGUGCUCCGGAUGCCCUACGAGGAUAUCAAGGGCCGAUACUCGCUCGGGAAGAAGGAGAUUGGCGAGGGCAGGUUUGGCUCCAUCCGUACCUGCUUGGAGCGCGCCACGGGGCACGUGUACGCGUGUAAAACGAUCUCCAAAAAGACCAUUGAGACCAACGAGGAUGCUGACGACGUGAGGCGGGAGGUGACCUUCCUCGCCAUGCUUCGCGGCCACCCGUCGGUGAUCACGCUUCAAGAGGUCUUCGAAGACGACAAGGCCAUCCACUUGGUCAUGGAGCUGUGUGCGGGCGGCGAUCUCUUCGACCGAAUCAAAUCAUGCGGCCAGAUACCCGAGGCCGAUGCAGCUCUAGUGCUGAAGCAGCUUCUGGAAUCCCUGCUCCACUGCCGCUCGCUCGGCAUUCAGCAUCGCGACAUCAAGCCCGAAAACAUCCUCCUUUGUAGCCCCUCCGAGAACGGCCCUAUAAAGCUCAUUGACUUCGGCGUGGCUACAGUGCUCAAAGAUGGCGAAAUGUGCCGAGAAAUGGCGGGAACACCAGAGUAUAUGGCACCAGAGGUGUUGGACGAGUGUUACAACUACGAGGCCGAUGUGUGGAGCGCAGGGGUCUCCCUCUAUGUGAUGCUGUCAGGCGUGCCGCCCUUCUGGGAGUCGUCCAAUCGCACGCUGGAGGAGGCGAUCAGGAAGAAGAAGGUGGUCUUCAAGUACUGGAAGUGGGCGAGCGUGUCGGAGGAAGCCAAGGAGCUUAUAACGAGGAUGCUGGAGAAGGACCCGUUGGACCGCAUCACGGCUCGUGAAGUGCUUGCACACCCAUGGGUUCAGAUGCACACCAACACGAGCCAAUGACUGCCCUCAAUAAUGUGUCCUGACUCCUGAGCCCUCUGAAGAAGCACAUAUCCCCUCCCCUAGAAGGUACCUGGCUACCAAAUACGAGCCAGCGUGUGGUUGGACCUGCCUAGUUCUAUGUGCAUGCUGCAGGCUAGGGUAUGGGAGGGGCUCUCCCCAACCAACCGUCUUUGCUUCUCGGAAUGGUAGGAAGUUUUUGUAGCUUGUAAAGUUAUGAAAGGUAAAAAACAUUUGAUGGCAUA